AUGUCGGGGGUCUGCAGGUUCUGCCUGCACACGGGUGACGACGACAUUGUGAAGAGCUUCACCAUCAACACGAUUGAACUGAAGGCUCUCCCAUCCUCCAUGCUACAAAAUGGCGACAAUCUGCGGUUGGAGUGCCUUGUGGACAUAGCCAAGACUACUGACUUUAAGUUGAACAGCACAUUCAAAUUCCUCAAAGACGACAAUCUCAUCUACAACGUCACCACCACGAACGCUCAGGCCAUUUAUACCAUCCACAAUGCCAGUGUGUCCCGGUCCGGCCUCUACAAGUGUCAGAUUAUUACAAAUCAGAGACAUAAGACGAGUGCGGAAAUAAAAGUGAAGGUUACAGGGUUGUCCGCACCUGUAAUUACAGUAUCACAGAGGGAGGUCUCAGAGGGAGAUGAAAUUACAGUCAGGUGUGAAGCACCAAAUGAGGAACCCCCCAUGUAUUUCAACUUCUACAAGACCGACAAGGAGAGGGGAGCUGCGAAAGUGAAGCAGUCCAACAAGAAUAAUGCGGAAACCACAUAUGAGAUCAAGGAAGGGGAGAGCAUACUGCACUUUGAGUGCUCCAUAAGGAUGAUGAUCCAAGAUGAGCCAGAGUCCCCUUCAAGCAGGAGAGAGAUGGUGACCGUGGUGGAGCCGUUUGGCACGCCAACUAUCAGAGUCCAUCCAUCAAACAAUUUUACAGAAGGGCAAGACAUGCAGGUGACGUGCACCGUUCAGAUGUCCCACAUAAGUUCCAAGGAAGUGACCAUCACCUUACAAAAGGGCAACCAAAUCCUAAAAUCUUCCACCUCAGAGCAGUUGUUUUUUUCUCGGGUGGCAACGGUGGGCGACAUGGGCAACUACACGUGCAAAGCAGAGGGAACGGCAGCCUCCAAAACCACCAGUGCCAUGAUCAAGGUGAAAGAGCUCUUCCCAAAACCUCGUCUAACUCUCAAGCCAAGCAGGAAGACUCAGUACAUCAAUGAUGGAGAUUUGGUGGUCCUGGAAUGUUCAGUUCCUAGCUUACCACAUCAGGAGGCAAUCAAACAGGAUUUUUAUUUAUUAGUCAAUGACAAAGGACGAAGAAAUAUGGCAAGGGGAGGGAGACUCCAGAUGCACCUGAGGGCAGCGGACAGCGGAGACUACAAAUGUGAAGUCACCAUCGCCAACAUCACUAAAACUAGUGAGCAGGUGCAGGUAAAGGUCUAUGCUGCAGUUUCCAAGCCUGAGCUCAAGCAAAUUGUCAAAGAAAACAAAAUGGUGGUCCUCGGAGACACCCUAACACUGACCUGCAGAUCACCGACUGGCACCCCUCCCAUCAUGUAUGCUUUGUACCGAGAGGGAGAGCAGCUCGGCAGGAAGGAGAUGAAUGAUAACAGAGAAGCCGUAUUUGAGGUGAACACCACCAAACGGCAUGAUCUGGGGCAGUACCAAUGUCAUGCCUCCAACAGGAACAACAGGUCCAACGCAUCCAGUGACGUCCUCAAUAUCACCGUUAUCACUCCUGUUAGAGAAGUGAGGCUUACGAUUAUCCCACAAAACGGAGAAGUAGAAGAGGGGGCAGAACUAUCCUUGGUGUGCAAAGCAAAACAUGGAACUUUGCCCAUCACCUUCAAUUUUUAUGCCAAUGGGAAUCUACUGGAAACUGUGACCAAAACUGAUGGCAAGCACGCCGAACAUACAGUGUCAUCGUUUACCAAACAGAAGGACGGCGCCUACUCCUGUGCGGCUUCCAACCAAGCCAACAAGAGCGUGGGGAGCGAGUUCAUGGAAGUCAAAGCCGUCCUCGCCAGAUGGAAGAAGGCCGUCAUCGGCACUUUCGUCUUUCUCAUUAUCAUGGCUGCCAUAGGUAUUGCCCUCUACUUGUAUCUGGACAAAAAGAAAAAAGGAAAAAACAUUUUGUCUGAAUCAUCGAGAUCAUCAAAGGGCGUCAAUUCCAGCAGCGAGAAGCCGGCGGUGGACGUGAAAACCGAUGACUCCUAUUUUGAUGACAUGGAGAUAGCUUGGAUUGGGGGAGCAGAGGAUCGAGCAGGGCCCGCAGCAGAUGCAAGUGAAAAUUGUCCCCUUCGGCCGUCUCUGCCUUGGACCUUCCAGGAACCACGCUACUCUUCUCCAAAAGCAGUAAUUGCAGGCAGUGUACAGAAUGAAGAAGAGAUGCAUAUCCUGAAAACGGCCGAAGAAAACAUCGGAAACAAUCAGCAGAACCAUGAAGUAGAAUACACCGAGGCCGACAGUCCAGCACCCGAUCCCAAUCACGAUUCUGUAGAAAACAACUUCAGCGAAAACUCCAACGUCAACAACCUCACAUAGGGAUGAAGGAUAAAUCCGGGACAACUUGGACCAGACAAAGUCCCCCUCACCACUCACUGUGGUAACAACAUGGA